UUGGAUCUGAAGGAGAGGGAGAAGAAAUUGCUACGUGUGAUGGGCUAGAUCCUACGCACAAACACACCCAGCGCUGAUUCCAUGUUAUGGGCCGUCACUCCCCAAAACCUCAAAUUGCUGUAAUCAGAGGAAGGCAAAGGAAACACAGUCCCAGUAUAAAACCUUCCGAGGGUGCUCCAUCCCACACCGUGCAGGCUCUGAGGGAGCACCGACCAUGAAGGCUUUUCUCAUUGCCCUGCUGGCGGCAGUCCUGUGUGCCGAGCCAGCUUCCUCGCUGUUUUGCUACACAUGUGAUAAUGAGCACUCUAACUGGAACUGUCUUAAAACCUACAAGUGUGAAGAUCAUGAGAAAUACUGCAUAACCACAUACAGCUCUGCUGGGUUCGGCAAGGACACGGGAUACCGCAUCACCAAGAAGUGUUCUGCAGACUGUCCCGAGACUAACAUGAACUUUGGCGUGGCGGCCAUUUCCACCAAGUGCUGCGGGACCUCCCUGUGCAAUUUCAGCGGGGCCAACAGCGUGAAAAUCAGCUACGCUGUGAUGCUCCUGGGAAUAGUGGCCAGCUUGGUCUGUGUCAUCAGGGCAGGUUUGUGAUGAGGGCUGCAGGUAGGAGAAGACAUGACCACCCAAGGACCUGCACGGUCUUGCCAAACCAAGAAACCAACACCUUCUGUCAAGUGUCUUCAUCAGGGUCUGUGCUAUUAUUUUUUUUCUAAGAUCUCGUUUCAGAUCCGAUCCACAAAAUGGCAUGGCAGUAUAGCUCCUAUUUUCCCCCUAUGUGAUUUGUUGUUUUGUACUAAUUUUCCCCAAGAAAGCUCUUUUGAUAUCAUGUGUGUGACGAUUGUCAGCCAAAAUAAAGAUUUAUGUUAUUCUACAGCCUGUUUGAUAUAUCCACACUAAGCUCAGCUUGAGAAAACCGGUCUUCCAGAGAAAGGGCUGUGUUUUGAAUCUCUACUCCACAUCAAAUCCCUUUUAUUUUUUUUUUUUAGCAUCUGGGAUCCUCCCUUGGCUGCCUUUCUCCAUUGACUCGGUCACAUCCAGCAGCUCAAGAAAGCCACUCCAUAACGCCCCACGUUAUGCCUGAUGACUCAGAGCUGAUGGAUGAAGGUGUCAAUCUGGAAAGGCCAAAGCCGUUUGAGCUGUCCCCAUUGCAAGGUGGUGCUUGCAGCAGCAGAGAGGAGUUUUGUAACCGCAGACACGCGGGAGAGGGGGGCGGCAGGUUGCGCUCGUGGCUGUGCCAGCAGCUCCUCAUGGGAUCUCUGCAAGGUGGGUGGUUUCAUCUUUUAAAAUGAGUAAAAGGCCCUCCCCAUGGUGCUGGGGAUGUCCGAGAUGAGGAUGGUGCUGCUGGAGUUGUCCUCACUGGGAGGCGACCUGCCUGGAGGAGCUGCUGCCGAGAGAUUGCUCCUGAUUUUCCCAUGGGAAAUGGGGAGCAGGCAGAGGUGGUGGUGCCCGAUCAGAUGGGGAGCUCUCUGCUCUGUCCCUGCUGCAUUUCCAGGCUUGGGGAUGGGGGAGAUGAGGUGGAGAUCCUCAGAGAACUCAGAGGAGCAGAGCUACAUGUAAGACAAUCAAGCGACGUGCACUCUUGUAAUUCCUCUCUUGUAAAUCCACUCUUGUAAUUCCUGGAGGAGGAGGGCUGGUGGAGAAGCAGCACCUGGAAACCCCCCCCUUGUUCUCAGCCCAUCUGGUUUUGAGGGGAGCCCUGCUCCAGGCAGGCCUCAAAGGGUCUGGGUGGUGGGGAGAAGCCACGGAGCUGGCUGCAGGCUGCGAGGAUGGAGGGGAUGGUGGUUAGUCACUCUGCGAAGAUGUCAUUUCUGGGCAAGGAGGGUGUCCUGGCAUUUGGUUAAAUAUACAGUAUACAUGGGCUCACUGAAGAAUGGCAGUGUUGUGGCAUUUCUGUUCAGAGAGUCCAAUGGAAACUUGGCGACCGCACUCUUUUUUUAAUCACUUUUACCAUCUUUUCUUUCCCCGUAUGCUAGCCACAGCAAUUUCUGAAAUUGUUCUUAAAGCUUUAGGCCAACUGGAAAAAUCCACAAACGUUUGAAUGAAGCAUCAUGGUUAGUUUCAAAUUCAGCUUUUGUUUCAUGAAAAAUACACGUUUUCACCAAAAUAAAUUGUUCUUCCUUCCUUCUCACAUGACAAUUUCAACGAGGUUUAGAACAAGACAAGCAAACACUCACCUCCCUCACUCUCAGUUAUAUCCUUUGUUCCUCUUUUCAUAACUUCCAGAUACUUGUAAAGUGCAAUGUUUUCUUCUCUUUUGCCCGGGCCCUCCGGUGACCUAAUGAUCUGUGUCUGUCCCCCUGGAUUCUUUUCAAUCUGUCUCACCUGGUACUGAUGAGGGAUGAAGAUAGCAUUAACAUCAGAGGGACACAUGGGAGCAGUUGGAAGAGUGCAGGACCAGCCAAUGGCAAAUCCCAGCUGACAGAAAAACCCUGCAAUAAUUCCUUUAAAAAACACACAGCCUCUCCAUCUCAAAAUCUCAGCAGCUUGCAGGAGACAAGAGAUAUUUUAGUUUUUGCUUGGAUGAGACUACAAGGGAGGAAAAAAAAAAAGUGCCUGGCUGAGCUGCUAUUUCUGUACCUGUUAAUGGAUGCUGUUGGCUGAAAUAAAUCUGAAUGUGGGCUGCCUCUGCAGUGCAACGUACAGGCUGCAGAACGGCAUCGCCUGGCGACUGGAGCCCCCCUUUCUGCUGUUACCUCGAAUAGUUUGCAAUAAAAUGUUGAUUUACCAAUAAAGA